AUGAAAACUAUUGAGAAAAUUAAAAAAACCGAAGCGGCCCAUGAAACAGACGAGGUUGAAAGAUAUUGGCCUCAAAUUUUUGCAAUAUUAGUUGGUGCACUAAGUGGAUUCACAGAUGGUGUGAAUAUAGCUUGGCCAUCACCAUAUAUAGUCGUAAUUACUCAAGAUAAAGAUAACUACAAUAUCAGUGAAGAACAAGCAUCAUAUUUCAAUACCUUCCAUGCUGUAGGAUUUCUUAUUGGGUGUCCAAUCUUUGGUGUACUCUGCGAUAAAAUUGGAAGAAAGAAAACGUAUUAUUCGACAGCAAUCUUACACAUCUUAGGACUACUAUUUGCAGCUUUUGCUAAAGAUAUUUAUUUGUUUUAUUUAUCAAGAAUAUGUGCGGGAUUGGCCAAUGCCUGUUUCUUUGCUGUUUUUCCAACGUACGUUGGGGAGAUCGCUAAUCCAACAGUGAGGGGAAGUUGGGGAAAUGCAGUUGCGUCAUCGAUGUAUCUUGGCGAAUUAGCAAUAAACGUAAUCGGUAGUUAUGUUAACGUACCAACGGCGUCAUAUAUAUGUCUUCCUUUGCCUAUGAUCUUCCUUGUAUUAUUUUAUGCAAUUCCGGAAUCACCUUAUUAUUUAAUUAUGAAAGGAAGGGAGGCAGAAGCGAAAAAAUCUUUAAUAUAUUUCACUCGUAAAGAGAACGUUGAAAAAGAUUAUAUAAAACUAAAAGAAGACGUUGAUAGACAGUUAUCAGAAUCUGGAAGUUGGGUCGACUUAUUUAAAAUUAAGAGUAACAGAAGAGCUGUGUUAGCAGGAACGUUUUUAAGAUUCACGCAACAAACGUCUGGUUUGGGUAUAUUUUGCUUUUUCACUCAAUCAGUAUUUCAAAAAGCAGGAACCAAUAUCGGCCAUCAGCUAGCUUCAGUUAUAUUUAUGGCAGUUAAUAUGGUUUUAAAUAUAAUUGUACUACUGUUUAUAGUUCAUCGAUUUAGUAGAAAGAAAUUGUACAUAGCAUCUUUAGCUAGUUCUGGAAUAGUUUUAUACCUUUUAGGAACGUUUUUCUAUGCUGAUUCACAUCUAAAUGUGGAUCUGUCUGCAGUUAGAUGGAUGCCUAUUACUGGUAUGAUUUCCUAUUUGGUAUGCGCUUCAUAUGGACUAUGCGUUAUUCCCUCUUUAAUGAUGAGCGAAUUAUUUUCGGCAAGUAUUAAAGGGAAAGCAAUGGCAUUUCUUCUUAUUUUUAUGUCACUUGGAAAUAUACUGAUAAAUACUUCAUUUUAUUAUUUAAUUGAAUAUCUAGGAUUUCACUCGCCAUUUUAUUUGUAUGCCGUUGCUAAUACUAUCGCUACGGUGAUGUCAUUUUAUAUUAUUCCAGAAACGAAGGGAAAAACUCUUGAAGAAAUCCAACAGAUGUUGAAACAGAAGAAAAUGAAAGACUGA